AUGUCCACUCUAUUGAAGUCUGCUAAAUCUAUUGUUCCAUUGUUGGACCGUGUUCUGGUGCAAAGAAUCAAGGCCGAAGCCAAGACUGCUUCUGGUUUAUACUUGCCAGAAAAGAACGUUGAGAAAUUAAACCAAGCUACUGUGUUGGCUGCUGGUCCAGGUUUCACCGAUUCCAACGGUAACAAGAUUACACCAUCUGUCCAACCAGGUGACCAAGUUUUGAUCCCACAAUUCGGUGGAUCCACAAUCAAGUUGGGCAAGGAUGAUGAAGUCGUUUUAUUCAGAGACUCUGAAAUCUUGGCCAAGGUCGUCGAAUAA